AUGAUAAACUCUCCCCAGAAGAUCAAGAAACCCUUGAUGAACAGGCUGCUCAUUGCCACGACGGUGAAGAUCCCUGGGGUCUCACUGCUCCUGCUCUUCAACAGCCUCCUAAUGAAGCUUACAGCUCCAAAUCUAUCCUUUAAUUCUGACCCCAUCAGACAAGCUAAAGAUUCUGCCACUACCUCGCUAGCCAAAAUUCGCCAAGGGGCUGACGAGCCUUACAGUGAUUUUAUCAGCCGCCUCACGGACGCCGCUGAAAGAUUAGUAGGGGGAGGAUUCAAGCAAGGAUGGAGAUGUGUUGGGAAGCCCAAGGUUAUAACUACAAUUGAGGGCAAACCAGGGCAGUGUCCCAGUAAUUGCCAACACGUCGUAGAACUCCACUCGACCUGCUACAACAGUGUCCAGCAGUGUACCCACACAGAUGGUAAAAUAUAUCUAACAGCCAUUCUCCAGAAAACUAAACUAGGAACCAUGGGAGGUGAGCUUGAUUUCUCCAGCUCAACAGGUCACACUAAAUAUGCCCAAGCCUCCUGCUCUGGCGAUGUUGGAAAAGAUACUUGUUGGCCGCCACAAGCACCUAUUCAUAUAUCUGAUGGUGGUGGGCCAACAGACAGAGUAAGAGAAUCCAUAGUUCAAAAACAAAUCGAAGAAAUUAUUAAACUCAUGUAUCCUCCCCUCCAAUACCAUCCAUUGGCUCUCCCAAAGUCUCGGGAUGUAGAUCUUGACACCCAGACAAGUAACAUCCUAGAAGCCACUCUCAUAGCUUUAAAUGCCUCCAACCCUCACCUUGCUGGAGACUGCUGGCUAUGCAUGACUAUUGGAACUCCCAUGCCUACAGCUAUUCCGGCAUCCAAUUCCUCCAUCACUGAAGGUACCAAUUGUAGUCUUAAUGUCCCCUUCAGGGUUCAACCCGUAUGUUUCAACCUUUCUAUCUGCUAUCAAAGAACAUUCCAAAAUGACAGUUAUGAUCCAGAUGUGGGAUUUAUAACCUUUUCUAACUGCUCCAAAAUUACUAACUACUCUGAGCCCCUAUGUCCUGCCCCCGGGCAAGUUUUCCUUUGUGGCAAUAAUCUAGCCUAUACAGCCCUGCCAACAAAUUGGACUGGACUUUGCUUACAAGCUAACAUUCUCCCAGACAUCUCCAUUAUUCCAGGGGAUGAGCCUGUUCCCUUACCCAGUCUUGAUUACAUUGCUGGGCGUAGUAAACGGGCUGUCCAAUUCAUCCCCUUACUCGUUGGUCUAGGAAUCUCUGGAGCCGUAGCUUCCGGCACAGCAGGUCUAGGAGUAGCAAUACACUCCUACACAAAACUCUCUAAUCAAUUAAUUGAUGAUGUCCAAGCUCUUUCAGGGACCAUUAGUGAUCUUCAGGACCAAAUUGAUUCUUUAGCAGAAGUCAUAUUACAAAAUAGAAGAGGGUUAGAUUUGCUCACGGCAGAACAGGGAGGGAUAUGUUUGGCUCUACAGGAACGAUGCUGCUUCUACGCCAACAAGUCUGGCAUCGCCCGAGACAAGAUCAAGAAGCUACAAGAAGACCUCAUCAAGAGACGAAAAGAGCUAUUUGAGAACCCGCUCUGGAGUGGACUUAAUGGACUCCUCCCCUACCUCCUCCCCAUCCUUGGUCCCCUUGUUGGUUUUCUCCUUAUUCUUACAUUUGGCCCUUGGGCUUUAGACCUCGUAAAACAGCAAAUAGAUUCAGCUUUAGCAAAACCCAUUCAGAUUCAUUAUCAACGCCUGGAAAUGGCCGAUAGGUGGGACUCAGUUUACCAAGAGCUCGAGCACCUCCGGACCCAGACUUGCUCCUUCCCUACGGGGACAGCAUCUUAACCAGAGGGAUGCUUACCUACGCUCUAGCCAGAGCCAGAGGUAUGGGUAUCGAACCGGGUGCAGAGCAAAGCAUUGCAAGGGAAGGUUGGGAUAUUUUUCCAACCUCCUCUGGAUUUCCCUGAGAGUAUACCUGGUUUGCAUAGAGGUUGACAUCGAUAAAAAUAAUGGCUCUGCCUCUCCUCCCCAAAAGAUGUCAAGAGCCACACACGGUGGGUAUGCAAAGCCCACGGGAGGAACCAGGUCAAUGUCUCCUCGGUCGAUUAAUGCCCACUCCCGUUUCUUAAACAGAGAGGGAGGAGAUGUCAGGAGCCAAGAGUCGGUCAAAGGAUUAACUCUGACCUUCAGUAAGUUACUGAAACUAGGCCCACUUCCUCUUGCCUGAGGACAAAGCAUUUCUUCUGUAGCCGCCCUUCAACUGCCACACCCUUUAUCUAUAGUUACGACUUUAGCCGAUUAUCUAGGUCAGCCCCCACCCCUCCUAGGCAUCCACCCUUCUAGAAAUCACAUAUAAAGAACGCUGUAAAAAAUAAAAU